AUGGCUGGGGACUAUUCUCAACCCGGUCGCUGGGCAGCAGCAGAGGAUGCACAGCAACGCAGCAGCGGCACUGAUUCACACCGCGACUACAACCAUCCGCUUGAACCACCGAUGCAGGAAAAGGAGACUGAAACACCGACACCUGUAUAUGCCAUUGACAAUGCAAGCCCCUGGCAGAAAGAAACUGGAGCCAAUGCAGAUGGCGGGCUGGCGAGCAGGACAGACUCAGACUUGACCAGACACGACACCGCCGCGACCACCAGGACCGCCAUCGCCCUCGAAGGCCAGCCCAGCCUGGCCAGCACCGCGUCGCGAGUACCCACAGCCACGAAACCACCGUCGUUCUCGCUGGCGCACGAGAUCCUCUUCAUCGCCGUCAUCAGCUGCGCACAGCUCCUGACCCAGUCGGCGCUGGCGCAGUCCAUCGCGCCCCUGCAUGUCAUCGGCCGCACCUUCAACACCACCAACCCGGGCCAACUAUCGUGGCUCGCGGCCGGCUACUCGCUGACCGUGGGGACGUUCAUUCUCCCCGCGGGGAGAUGGGGCGACCUGUAUGGACACAAGAGGCUCUUCAUCGCGGGUUAUUUCUGGUUCGCCCUGUGGUCCAUGGUCGCGGGUUUCGCGGCCUUUUCGCACUCUCUGAUCUUCUUCGCCUUCUGCCGCGGGAUGCAGGGAAUCGGCCCGGCCAUCCUGCUCCCCAACGGCAUCGCCGUGCUGGCUCGCACCUACCCGCCCGGCAAGAAGAAGAACAUGGUGCUCAGCAUCUUUGGGGCCACCGCUCCCGUCGGCUUCGUCGUCGGCGCCACCUUCUCGGGAAUCUUUACCCAGUUCGUCUGGUGGCCCUGGGCAUACUGGGUCUUGGCCAUGGUGCUGGCCCUUUUGGGUUGCCUGGUCAUCUUCGUCGUGCCUCCCAUGCCGGUCGCGGGCCCGUCGGCGACUUUCUCCGAGCUGGACGCCACGGGCACCGUGCUCGGUGUGCUGGGUCUCAUGUCCUUCAACUUUGCCUGGAAUGAAGGCCCCGCUGCCGGAUGGGCCAAGGUAUACGUCUAUGUCCUGCUGAUCGUCGGCGUCGCGUUGCUCGUCACUUUCUUCUGGUUUGAGAAGAGGCGCGCUUCGUUCCCGUUGGUGCCCAUGUCGUCGUUCACAAUGGACACGAAUCUCGUCUUUGGAUGCGAAGCACUGGGCUGGAGUUCGUUUGGAGUCUGGGUAUUUUAUCUAUGGCAAUUUCUCGAGCUCGAAAGAGGCCAAUCCAUUCUGCUCUCGGCGGCCCAGCUCGUUCCCACGGCAUUGUCCGGUUGCUGUGCGGCCAUAACCACAGGCGUUCUGAUCGCCAAAAUGCAGCCCGGGUGGAUCAUGCUCAUCAGCAUCAGUGCUUUUUUGACCGGAAUGAUCCUGCUUGCCACGAUGCCGGUGCAUCAGACAUACUGGGCGCAAACGUUCGUCGCCACCGUCAUAACCCCGUGGGGCAUGGACAUGUCGUUCCCGUCCGGCAACAUCGUGCUGUCCGACCACAUGCCGCCCGAGCACCAGGGCCUGGCGGCCUCCCUGAUCAACACGGUCAUCAACUAUAGCAUCUCCAUCGGCUUGGGCAUGGCAGGGACGGUCGAAGUGCAUGUCAACUCGGGCGGCCGGAACCCGCUGCAGGGCUACCGUGGAGCUUGGUAUUUGGCCAUCGGAUUCGACGGGCUGGGCAUCUUGUGCGCCAUAUGUCUGAUUCUUUCCUGGAGAGCGCGAGUCAAAGGGAAACAAAAGGGCAGCAAUCAGAAGGAGAUGGACUUGGCGUAA